UCAGACACACACACACACACGUCACCCAGAUACAGUCAGUCACAGUGUAACACACACGGACCGAGGUCGCUAACGCUACAAGCUGAGCAGUCACAAAUACCAGCAAGGAAUCAUUGACCAUCCACCCUCCCAGCAGAAGUCAUAUAACAUAACGGAGGGAACGUCUAAGAAGUUGAAAGAGAACUCUUCAGCCUUUUGGAAUUGAGACUGUACCAGAUCCACCAGACGUUGGGAUUUAAAGCCCUCUGUUGAACCAGGCCGGCACCAGCAUUUCCCAACAGCACCAGAGAAAGGGAGUUCAUCUAGGAUCAGCCAGUAUGCUGGCUCAGAUCUUACAGGAGAUGUGGGUGGACCCAGAGGUUUUGGAGGCCCUGAGUGAAGACCAGAGGAGAAUCUUAUUCCUGAAGAUGAGAGAGGAGCAGGUCAGACGCUGGAUAGAGAGGGAGGAGAAGGACGAGAGAGAGAGGAGAACCAGGAAACAACGCAAGAAGAAGAGAAAGUGUAAGAGCGUGCGCUGGCUGUUGGGUCGUGAUGGGGAUGUGAGUGUGAGCGUGAUCGGAGAGGUGGAUGAAUUUAGAUCCUCCAAACUCCUCCAGACCCUUCGUACCAACACCAGACUACAGAGUACAGAAAUAAACAACCUAGUGGUUGAUCUCCAUACUGUGUCUCUACUGACAGACAGAGWGAACCACCAAACCAGCUCACAAUCAACCACACUGAUGCAACUCAGUGUAGACUCAGAUGGCUCUAAGGACUCUGAGGAGGACCAGGACUCAGGCAGCGCUGAGGACGACCCAAAGGACCCCGGGGAGGAUAGCAGCGACAAUGAGUCAGGCAACAGCACCGACGACCUAAAGGACUGGGGCCUCUGCUACAGACCCCACCACAGCAACAUCAGCCUGUCUCUCCAACCCCAGCUGUCAGUCACAGAGAAGGCCCGCCCACACGGCAGAGGAGUGGUGGUCAGUCAUGAGGAGGAGAGCCCAGCGUUUGGUGGUCGGGUGGCCCAGCUCAGGAGAACGUUUGCCACAUCCUCUCCCAUCGCCAAGCCCCCUGUGCCCACCAAACCUUCACACCUGAAGCUGGUGCCCAGGUCCUCUAGGUAACACCAGGGUCACCCACGGUCAACCAAUCACACAGAAGAGGUACUGCCCACCUGAAGAGCUCAUUUGAAUACCAGCAAAAUGCUUGUGGUAUACGGACAGACACUCACCUGAGGAACGGUGCAGAGAAAUAGGAGCUCCAAACUCAGCCGAGUUAAAGGUGGACAUGCACAGCAGAGUGGGAGGAAUGCUUGACGCUGGUACUCUGGUGAAACGGCUCCCUCUUUGAAGGUUUGUGGAGACUGCGUGGUAGUUAUACACUUCCACCUCUCCUUGAACCUAAAUACACAAGAGGUUUGGACAUGGUUAAUACAAGAGCUAUUUCUACAUAGUUACAUGGAAGUUUGUAUCUGAUUUGUACAUGGGGUGGAGGAAAAGAUUUAGCUUUACGUUUGUAAUCAUGAAUUAUGCAUCAUUUAUUUUCACUUUGCUGUCUCUCGUAUGUUUGGGCCAUAGAUCAAACCAUCCUGGUAUGUUUGGGCUAUAGGUCAAACCAUCCUGGUGUGUUUGGGCCAUAGGUCAAACCAUCCUGGUGUGUUUGGGCCAUAGGUCAAACCAUCCUGGUGUGUUUGAGCCAUUGGUCAAACCAUCCUGGUAUGUUUGGGCCAUAGGUCAAACCAUCCUGUCAUGUUUUUAGUUACCUGAUCUUUUGCUUUAUUAAUUGUGUUCAUUAUCUAACAGUCUAACCUCGUAGGCUUUCUAGUCAUAUCAUGUUUUGUAUAUCUGCACUGUAACUACAUUUGUUUGAGGAGGCUAUUUCUAUUUUGUGUGUGAAACAUACUUCUGCGAAACACAUAUUUCUUUGACCUGUUGGUCUCUAAUUCAGCUAAAUAAAAAUGCUGAAGAAA